GUCCCUCGCCGCGUCCCGUCGCCGCCCCAGCCCUGCGGACCCGAUCCCAAGAUGGCGGCGCCCAGCGAAAGGCGGAACGGCGGAGGUGCGAGCCUGUGGGCUGUGUUGCUGCUGGCGGCCGUGGCGUUGAGGCCGGCGGAGGCGGUGUCCGAGCCCACGACUGUGGCGUUUGACGUGCGACCUGGCGGCGUCGUGCACUCCUUUUCCCAGAACGUGGGCCCGGGGGACAAAUACACUUGUGCAUUCACCUACGCUUCUCAAGGAGGGACCAACGAGAAGUGGCAGAUGAGCCUGGGAACCAGCGAAGACCACCAGCACUUCACCUGCACCAUCUGGAGGCCCCAGGGCAAGUCCUACCUGUACUUCACGCAGUUCAAGGCAGAGGUGCGGGGUGCCGAGAUCGAGUACGGCAUGGCCUACUCGAAAGCUGCGUUUGAAAGAGAAAGCGACGUCCCCCUGAAAAGCGACGAAUUUGAAGUGACCAAAACAGCAGUGUCCCACAGGCCCGGGGCGUUCAAGGCCGAGCUGUCCAAGCUGGUGAUUGUGGCCAAGGCCUCCCGCAGUGAGCUGUGACCAGGAGCCCCAUCGGGGGGCGGCUUUUCCUCAUCUCCGCUGAAGGAGCUGGGCCCUGGGACUGCUGGUGCAUUACUGGUUUUCUAGGGGGGACUGUUGGCUGAUGUCCUCUGAACAUGGAGCAGGGGUCUGAGACCCGCUGCCCGUCUUUCUUACCAAAAGAGGCACUGGGGCACACGAAGGGGGCUCCCGGGGGAAUCAUGGCUUUUCUGAAGCCAGGAUGUGUCUCCCUGUGGAUCAGGCCGGGCUCCGGAUCACUCCCAGGGAGAGUGAUCCUGCUGCCCUGAGCCCGAGCCAACUGUUUUCUUACAGUUUUCCCAGGGGACCUUCUUCCAGACUAACUGGGAAGAAAUGAAAUGUUCUUUUCAUAUUUAAAUAAAUAAGACGGUUGAAAAGCAACCACUUUGGCAA